AUGAUUUUUCCUCCGGAUUAUCCAAAUAACCCACCGGAAGUUAAAUUCACGACCGAAAUCUGGCAUCCGAAUGUCUAUUCUGACGGUCGGGUUUGUAUAUCGAUUCUACACCCGCCCGGUGAUGAUCCGAAUUUUUAUGAACUUGCUAGUGAACGUUGGACGCCGGUUCAUACCGUUGAGAGUAUUAUGUUGAGUAUUAUAUCGAUGCUUUCGAGUCCGAACGAUGAAUCUCCGGCGAAUGUUGAUGCGGCUAAGGAAUGGAGAGAUAAUAGAGAUGAAUUUGUGAAGAAAGUUAAACGUUGUGUUAGGAGAUCACAAGAGAUGUUGUGA